UUUCGUUCAACAUGUAAACAAUUCGUAUGCUUUAUGAAGCCAAAAUUAGGGCGAAGAAGUGUUUCCCAGCACUGUUAACUUUUCGAAGAUGGGCCCCAGACUUUGAGCCAAAGAAAAUAUAAGAAUAGACAGCCCAUGAAUGUAUGAAAAUGGGGAGUGUAACCAAUGAGGUUGCUUGUGGACAUAUCUAUCUCCAAAGAGAUGUGUCAGGAGAGUUUGACAAAUCUCUGGCCUUAGCCAAGUUCAGGAAUCCAGAUGCAUUCCUGGAACAUUUGUUGGAGCUGUUUGUAAAAACAGAAGAGUGCACAAAGGUGGUACGGGUGAGGCCAGAUCUUGCACAGAAGUUCACCACCAUGCAAUGCAGAACUCAGUUCAGAUCCAGUGAUGACUUGAUGAAGCAUUUGCUAAAUCUUCAUGUAGAACACCAAAAACCAGUUGCUGUAGCAACUCCCACUCAGGAAAAAACUUCAGGAGGCAGAAAAAGCCGAAAAUCACAACCAAAGAAAAAUGUCCGACACGCAUCUUUAAUAGACUCCGAUGAGGAGUCAGGGGGCCCAUCUCCAAACAAUCGUUCUUCGAUCUCAUUACGUGACAUGUCCAUCAGCAGUAUUGAGGAUCCCACUGACAUUUCAACAUCAGAAGGAGCCAACCUCGAUUCUAUGUUUGAUCUUUCGAAGGUGAAACAGGAAGUUUCAGAUGACGAUAUAGCGAAGGCCAAGCAAAAUGAGAAAGAUGGCCGAGAGGGAAGGAGCCAGUUGUCUGGGCCGCUGCACAAACCAAUAUCUGCAAAAGAUGGCAACCACAGCGUUCUGGGUAAACGUGGUGUGUCCCAGUCCACACUGGAUGCCCUUGCUAGAACCACGCGUCAAUUUACCCAGCUGGACUGGCGAAACAGGUCUGAGCCAGUAGACCAUGACCUCACUAACAGACCAAAACAUGAACCGUCUUCCCUACAGGCCAGCCCCCAGGGAUAUGGGCCCCCACAGGGGGACGAUUACAUUGAGUCCCUGAAGAAAGAAAAAGAGGACAUGAAGAAUGGCUACAACUAUGUGCUCACUCUUGCCCCUACCAGCCCUGGGUCAGGAGAGCAUGGCAAUGGUCUUCCAGAAAACUCUAUGCAAGUUCCCAUAAGAUAUCCGAAAUCCAAAGUGUACACAGUAUCGUCUGACGAAGAGGAGCCUGAAGAUCUCUCAAACAGUGUACACCCACAGAAUCAAACCCUGACCAAACCAAGGGGGGCAGCAAAGAACCGCAAUAGAGUAAAAUAUGACAGAAACGCUAAUGCUGUUGCAAUUACCAUGGGCAAUCUCCAAGAUGCUCCCAUUGAGCCCAACCAGAUCCCAAUUCCACAGAACCUGCUGUUCCAUGACCCCCGUAGUGUCAGCCAGGUUGGACCUCCUCCCAUGCUACAGAUGAAGCCCCAGAACUCUCAGUCCCCAUCCACCUUCACCCCUCCCGGGGGACAGCCCCCCACAGGCAUGCCCAGCCUCAUAAUGCCCAACCCCAUGCAGCUGUUAAACUUCCAGAAUGGCCUUCCUCCCCUUUCAUCCACAGGCUCCAUGCUUAUCAGACAGGGCAUUGUCUCCCCAACCAGUAGUGCCCCCAUACUUGUCCCGCUGUCUUCUCUUAUGUCGCCAGCCAACAAGAACACGCCUUCAAAACCCUCGGCAGCCGAGUCUGAUGACAGCCAGUCACAGGACAGUCCUGGAAGGAAGAAACGAAAGAGGAUGGAAGAUACCACAGUAUUUAGAGACCCCCCUGAACAGUCUUUGCCGUUCAAUGGGCCAAAUAAGUACCGUUUUUACUGCGAUGUUUGCGAUACUGGCUUUACCAGACGAUACACAUUCAAUCGACACAAAUGCAAGGGAAGGGUUGAGAAACACUACUGCCAGCUUUGCGAUAAAGCUUACCUCUCCAAGUAUAAGCUGAAGGAUCAUAUCCUUGUGAAGCAUGAGGGCCAGACAGUCAGCUGUCCUGAGUGUGGGAAGCGCUUCUCCUCCAGAUCAUCCAUGGAAAUGCACAAGAAGCAGCAGCAUGAAGGCAUGUACAGUAUCUUCUGUAAAAUCUGCAACAAAGGCUUCAAUCAUACUGGUCACUACUAUGGCCACAUGAAUAAGCACACGAAUACGAAGCCUUUCUGGUGCCAACAGUGUGGAAAGCGGUUUUAUGGCUCAUCUUACCUGCACAACCACAAACAGGUUUGCCGUGGCAACAAUGAGCUCAACUACUCUUGUUCCAUCUGUGACAGGAAGUUCAAGUGCGAGCUCUACCUGAAGAAACACAUGAAGAUCCACGAUAACACGCCCAUCAUCAACAAUCCCAAUGUUGUGAAAGCUACGGAUGAGGACCUCGCUAAAGCUGGGGUAAAGGUCGCAGAGUUGGAUGAGGUAGAAGAAGGGGAAAUGCCCCCCACCAGUCAGCCCAUAUUCCCAAAUGGCCCUGAUUUUUCCGAUUCCAACUCUAGUAUGAUGGACAUUCCGGAUGGAGGUGAGAUGACGGAGGUUGCUGCACAAUAAUAAGCCACACAGUCUGACACUGUUCAUUUGUAAACGUGGUUUAUGGAAAAUUGGGCAAGCUGCAAAGUUGAUGUUUUAUAAGAAUAGGCAUAAUCUGAGAUAGAGAAAAAAGGCAUUAAUUGCAUGGUGCUUCAGUUUGCUUCCAUUUUGAUAAGAGACCUGUAUCGGAGAAGGAAUAUUAGAGCUCAAAACUGCACAUGAUUGACCAUAGGACAUGUUUUUGAAAAACAAGUUAAAUGUAAGAGUGCAGUGAUUUUUAAAAUCAUAUCAGCAUCUUUAAACCACAUUCCAUUUUCUUCUGAAUUACAUGUACAAGUACUUAUGGUUUUAUAGUGACACUCCACAUUAGGACUGUUAAUCAGAUUUUGCGUUUGAAGCUGGACUUGGAAGAUUCGAGGUUUCUCAAAUUUUUCUGUCAGUGCAGAAUGUCACAUCAUUGAUGGCUCCUGUUUUUUCCUGAUUACCUGUAAGGAAGGGCAUUAUACAUUUAAAAUGUAUUACGUUACUUUUGUCAUUCCAUGUUUCCUACUCUUCCCCCCCCCCCCCUUUUUUUUUUCUCUCAAAAAUUACCAUUUUAUUUUCUGUGUUUUUCUUAUUUUAAAAUUAAUGUAGCCUAGUGUUAUGUAUGUUGUUUAUUUUAUGAAAACCUAGAUUUUAAAACUCUAAAUUGUUUGAUUUCCAUAUGUUUACGUUUUUUCCCUGCUUUACUAUUUUGAUAAUUAAAAACAGUGUAUCAAUAAUUAAUUAUUCACAAAUAUUUUUGAAAAUUUGUUUGAUCAUGAUAAGUUUUACUUUUGUUUUCUCGCUCUCAAAUUUUGCAAAAACAUUACCUGAUAUUUUUGACAUUCCAUGUUUGAUCAUGAUAAGUUUUACUUUUGUUUUCUCGCUCUCAAAUUUUGCAAAAACAUUACCUGAUAUUUUUGACAUUCCACAUUCUUGAGCAUUUUUUGGUGAAGGUGAUCAACUUAAAUGUUUUUAUUUGAGUGAAAAAUCCAAUAUGAUGCAUAAUGCAUUGGUUUGGGCAUUACGAUUUCAUUUAUUAUUAUAAUAAUAAUGAAGCACAAACAACUCUGUUUUUAUUUCUAUACAAAUUGUAUGCAUUUAUCAAAAUACUAAUUCCAGAUAUAUGAAGCCAUGAGGCAUAUUACUAACAACUCAUUGUAUAUGUUUAUAACACAGUAUUUGUAAAUUUAUACUUUAUUGUACAUAAUAUUGCCUUCAAUCUUUGAUCAUGUCCUUGAUUUUGACAGUUAUGUCAGUGUAUUACUAAUUACAAUUUUGUUUGAAUUUUUUUGUGAUGUGAUGUGAUUUUAUAUUUUACUUACAAUUUUAGAUAUAAUUGUUAUACAUAUGAAACAUUCCACGACGUAUCUAUGCAACACAUUCCUUUAUCAUUUACGGUAUAUCAAAAUAUCUUGUCCUUAUCAAAUACAAUCUUACAUAAAUAUUGCAGAAGAUGUAACAUCUGCUCAGUAAUUAUUAAAUCUUGUUAUAUCGAUAUACGUGCAAAUCAAAAUGUCAUUAAUAUGUUUGUUACUUAAUUUUUAUAAUUGUAAGAAAUGCUAUUUUUACCUUUAGCUGUUGUAAAACCCUUUUGUUGCUGUUAAAUCGUUAAAUACACUAAAGAUGUGAUAAGUUUAAAAACUGAGGCUUCCAUUGUUGCUAACAUUGUUAUAUUAUUUCAUAGCAACGAAUUAUUAAUGUUUGAAAAUAGUUUAGUUAUAUUAGCCUGUAUUAUACAUGUUUCUUGUGGACAUUCUAUCAGUUUUAUUAUGUCUAUAGACCCAACACUGCUGAAAAACUCUAUUUUACAUUUUAAUGUGUAUUUGCUACACUUAAAGCAAUACAUGUUUUAUGCAUCCAUUUUAAAUUUUCAUGCAACUUAACAAUUAUAUCACAUUCCACAAAUUGACAUGAACAUUUUCAUGAUAGAUUCAUAUAACAUUGAAAUAUGUUUGCAUAUUGAUGUAUAUCAAUUUUCUGUAAUUAGUUCUGAAUAUUUUGAUUGCCUUACAUUGCUCAAAUUUACAUCAUCUCUGCUUGUUUUAGAUCUAAAUGGAGAGCUUUUUUCUGCAAAUGCAAAAAUCUAGGGAUCAGGAUUCUAGAUGGCGACCUUUAAGAGUCACCUUAGCCACCUUGUGAAAUGAACUCUGAAUAGAAUUGAUCUAAUUACUCUUAAAAAGUCUUAUAAAAAUUGAUAGUUGAUAAAAAAAAAAAUCCGUAUUUUACAGUGUUGGUAUUUUUGGAAUGUCAUGCUACAAAUUUUUAGUAUAUUUCUAAUAUUUGUGCUACUUUAAACAUGUCUGUAUUUACUUUUAAAUGCCAGAAAAACUCUAAAACUGUUGUCGGCAAAUCCAUUGUCUUUGUUUACGCAUAUUGGGCAUUCCUGGUUAUAUUUUCCCUUGUUAUGAAUACAAUGUAUUCUUGUUCCCUCUCUGUUACCGGUAAUGUACACUUAUACUUUAUGUGGUGUUCUGGUUUUUAUGGUGUAUUUCUGUAUGAUCACUGGAAACUUCGUAUAAUUGUGUGAACCCGUUUUCUCAGAAUAUUAGACUAUUGUAUAUCACUUAGGACCGAGCUCUUACAAAAUUAAUAUUGAGUAAUGUUGGUGGCUGGUUUAAGUCAUAUUAUAACAACUUUUAGCAAAAAAGGGUUGUAUGUAACAUUUCCAAGUCCUUUCAUAACAUUUCUUUAUAAGGCUUUUUUGAUAUUGCUUAAUAUUUGUUAAAAUUUCUCCAGUAUUAUUUGCGUUAAUCCUGGGACAUGAUAUUCUAUGAAAACAUUGCAUUAGAAAUAAGGUUGUAACAUUUUCAGUAAUUUGUUCAACUACUAAAAAAAAAUUUUCAAGCUUGUAUACAAGUUAAAGGGAUAUUUUGUCAUUGUUUUCUUUUAAACCAAAAAUGAAAGAAUAAAUGUUUGUCUCUUGUUUUUUUUUUGACAAUGUCAAGGUAUUGUCAUAGCCUUGUUAAUGUUGGACACGAUGGCGUCAUCACACAAAAUUUUACUGUUGGCCUUUUCUUAAAAAAGUUCGCAUCUUGGCAUGAAACUUGGUACACAUGUUGCAUGAGACAAUGUGAACAUGUGUAUCAAGGCUUACAACUCAGACUUAAACAGUUGAGUUAUGCCCCCUUUUUGACUGAAAACGGAACAGACAAGUGUGGUGUUGGCUUUGCAGCGCUCCUGUUUUCAUUACGAUUCUUGAAAUAUGGUACCAAUUUGUGAUGAUGUAAUAUUUGCUGAAUUUUGAGUGAAUUUUGUCUUUCCAAAUGAAAUGUUUGCUAAAAUACAGGACUUCAAAAGUAUCAUUAUUUCUAAGAUACUCAUUGAAUUGUGAAAAUUAGUUCUUUUACAUAAUGAUCAAGUAUUGGAAAGCCUAACCAUUGUUUGAAGGCACACAGCUUGUAUCAUGAUUGCUGUUUAUUUUUUUAUUAAUCAUGAACAUGAAUUAUUUGCUAAUUUUUGUUGUAACAUCUGUGGAGUGGGCAUUACAGAAGAAAAUCCAUUCUUUGUAAUUUCAAAAUUGUGAUAUUUUCUAUAUUUUAGUCUUUGAAAAUACCUAGCAUUACAUGUCAUGUCUCCUGUGUAGGCAUUUGCUUAAAUUUUCACCAAUACCAUUGUCUUAUUGUUGACUGUUAAAAGCCAGUAACUUUGUAACUGCUAUUUGUUGAAGGUUUAUUACUUACACAUAUUUUUGUGUGCCUUACACUCUUUAUCAUUUUGCCAAAAUAUGUGCUUUAAAAUACUGGAAGGUUUUUUUUCCAUAUUGAUUUGAAAAGAAUUUCAUCAGAUCAGUUCAAUUAAGAUAUAAUAAAAACUAAACGAGUUAAUUGAUGCUAUAUCAAGUAUAACUGAUACUUUUGUAACCUUAACAAUGUUAACUGAUUAUUGUUAUUAAAGCAAAGUUUUAUAUACCAAAUAAAUACUUUUUAAGUACUGUCCAUCUACAAGACGGCCACUUGUAUGUGAUUGUCACACAAACUCUAACGUUGCUUUAAAAAAGGUUCAACCAAGUCUUUUUUAAAUUGUAAAUUAGUUUAAAUUCAUUUGUACAUAAUUAUUUUAGUCUUUGAGUUUUUCAGUCAGGUUGUAAGAACUUCUAUGAAUGAUUUUCAUAAAUUAUUAUAUUCCUUGAAUUGAAUAUGAUUUAAUAUAAUUCCCUUGAAUAUAAAAUUUAAUAUAAUUGAUUAGCAUAAUGGAAAUCCAACUAUUGAAAGUAUUCAUGAUCUUUAUUCAAGGUAAUGCAUUUAAUACUAGGAGGUAAUACAACACUAGGUCAUAGAAGUACUUACAAUCUUAAAUGUUUAUCAUAGAUAUAUAGCUGAAUACAGUAGAUAGUAGAACCCCUUUUGUACAAAAUGAGACCAUUCCUGUUAUCCUUGAGUGUACUUAAACGUAACAAAGUUGAGUAUAUUUGCUUUGUAGUGUGCUCUUUAGCAAUUGGUAGUAAUUAAGAAUGUGCACUCAUGAUAUUUGGAUCAUAAUGUACUACAUAUCAAAGAAAACAAGAUUUUAGUGGCAAAGUAUGUUCUUUUGUUGAUAGUAUUUUCUUGUGACUAUGCAAAAUCUGUGGCUUCCAAGUUCUAUUGCAUGCUUCCGUAGAUAAUGUGAUAUACUACUAACAGAAAGAUUGUUGACUAUUACAUAUAUUUUUGAGAGAAGAUUAUUUUUUAUAACAAUUAGAUACUAAACCCUGACUAGUUACACUAUUUUAUAGCAUAAAUGGUGAAUAAACCUUUAUAUCAUUA